AUGGCAACUCACCAAGGGCCUUCCCGUCGUAACGGUGUCAUUGGGUUCAAUAUGACGGGUCCCCCAGCCCCCGCCACCCCGAUGAUCGCCCCGCGCCGUAAUGGACCCAUUGGGUUCCAGAUGGUGCCUGGUCCUGCUUCUAAUGCCACUCCUUCUCUCAACAACCAGGGUCCUCCGCACAGGAUCACCCCCCUGGUGGGCCCCGACACAGCCCAUUAUUCCUCUUUCGAACAGACGACUGUCCAACCAAGCCAGUCGCAGCCUGAGAUCUCCGCGCUUGGUGCUCAACUGAAGGAUGCCGAAGCGACAAUCUCUCGGCAUGAAAUGGAGCUGGGCCGUGCCAAGUCCCAGCUUUCGGCCCUCCAAUCUCAGACAGCCACACAGCGACGCACCACCUGCUUUGUUGACCAACAGCAAAUGGAUGCCUUGAUCAACCAAUCUCGCAACAGCCGAUCCCGCGACGUCGAUUCCCAGCUCCGGGUCCUUGAAAAUCGAUUGGACGAAGCCGCGGAAGAGCUUGAACGCGCGGAGGGUAACAUCAAGUCCCUCCAGGCUUGCAAACAAAGUCUGGCAAAAGACCAGACAGACCUCCAGGAGCUGCGGCAACUACUCGCAGCAACUGAACACAACAUGCGGCGCCAAGAGCGCGUUGUGGGUGCGGAGAGCCGAUUCAAAGGCCUCCUGAAGACCAUGGAAAGGAUGCUUGCCUCGUCGAUGCAAAAUGCCAGGGCCAGUCAGGUCCAGACUCGCAGUGCGCCGAUUGCUGAGUCUAAGACCAACCCUGUGGGUAUUGCACAUCGCACUGUCAUGGGAAGCCAGCAACUAGGCUCCCAGGGGCAUGCAUUUGACCAUCACCCACGGCAACUCGACAAGGGAAAAGAACGUGGCCCGAGAUCCCUCCCUCCCGAGGAACGUGAAUGUGAUAAGGACAUGAUCUCCGAUUCUGAUGAGUCCGAUUUAUCCUCGAUAUCCCCAUCGGACAGUCUCAGCAAUGUGAUGGCACUGGAUAGUCGCAAUUCAUCACGGGAUGGGUCACCCAUGAGUAUCACCCUUGACCCCACGGAACAGGUAAUUGCCGCCCGCAUGUUGCAGGCAGAUGAGUCGCAGAUGGGCGACCAAAUGGUGCAAGGAGCACCAGUUACCACCCUUACCACAGCUCCCCAGCAAGUGGAGACUUACGACAUGAUGCAAAAUAAGAACCAGUUGGCUUACUUCGAACACGCAAAACUGAACGGUCAGGACUUUGACGGCUACAUGGAGUGGGAGCAUACGGAUGCGCAGACCAUCAGGGAGCAUACGCAUGUGCAGACCAUCAGACGUUACAAGAGACUAGAUCCCUCGAUCACAUUUGCUCGACGAAAGCAUCGCAGCAUCUUCAAGGGCAAGGUGGCUGCCGCCUGGGCAAGCACCACACAUGCGCGCGGCCGCGACCCCAGAAUUAAGCGGCACCGUCUUACCGGGGUAGAUCGGCGUCAACUUACCAAUGGUAACCCGCCUUGUUAUACCGAGAGUCCUCGGCCUCGUCUUACCGAGAGUCGGCGACGUAUUACCGAGAGACGACGACGUCUUGCCGAGGAUCGACGACGUCUCCUUAUCAGGAGUAAUCGGCUUAGCGUGCGCCUGACACAGACGAAUAUCGUCAAUCUCCCUGUGCGAAAAAGGUUAGCCGGCCUCGUCAAGUUCGGCGAGGACGAAGAACCAAGCCCCAAGAAGCAGAUUACAAAGGAGAUCGUGGAAGCCAACGGUUCACUUUCACUUCCCAUUUCUGAGGUAUACGUGAUGAACACAGCCCCGAAAGUGCCAGAAAUGAGUGUGUCAGCUGUUUCGCAGCCAGCUCAAUCUGUGCAUGUUUCGACAGAGGAGGUGCCCACCCAGACAGUCAUGAGCGAGCCAGCUGUUUCGCAGCCUACUCAGACUGUGCUGGAGUACACCGAGACUGUCUCGACCGAGCAGGUGCCCACCGCAGCAGCCAUGAGUGCGCUAGCUGUUCCCCAGCCGACUCAAGUCUUCGUGGAGGCCACCGAGCAGGUUCCUAUCGAUGAAGGUUUGAGUGAGCCCGCGGUUUCCCAGCCGACUCAAGCUGAUUCGCAGGAAAACGAGACUGUCGAGAUCAUGCAGGUGCCCACUGAGGCAGUGACGAGUGAGCCAGCUGUUCCCGAGCCGUCUCAAACUGCCUUGGAGGCCACUUUGCACGAGUCCAGUGUACUUGAGUACACUAUGCUCGCGUCCACUGUGUCCAUCCCGUCUGAUGAAGUUGUUGAUGCGCCUGCUCCUAGUGAGCCAGCUCCAACUGAGUCAGCCCAGACUGAGCCAUCGUCAACUGAGAAAAUUCUGAGUGCGCCUGCUGUUAUUGAGCCGACUCUGAAUGAAUCAGAUCUGACUUGGCAGACCGAAGGCGAGCUUGUUGUUCCGGGCCUGCGCACAGGUACUCGUUCGCGCCUCAAUGUAGUGCUUGCGAGACGCGCGGCAGGGACUCGAGCUCGUCCUACCAUCAUGUCUUCUUCUGGGGUAUUGCAGGUCACAGCAGCCCCUCGCGUUAUCUCCACCUCUUCCCUGGUGGCCAGUCCCGAAGACGCCUCGGCAAAUAAUGCCGUUGCAACAGGGACAGAUUCCCGUGCGGGGGUUUCGAAAGGCACCAAGAGGGUCGAGGACGCCGAAAACCCGACUCGCAGCGCUCGCCAGUCUGCAGGAGAACAGCGGGAGGAAAUGUGCGGAAAAGAGGCAGCGACUUCUGGUCUCCAAAUGCCAGGAGCUUGGCCUUCCGACCUACCCGCCGUCACUGCGUCUGGCGAGUCAGACAUGCAGGAGGGAUCGGCUUUGCUGAGGGGGUUGUGGACAGGAGCUGGUCGGCUCUCCUUUGGUGUAUUCGCUAUGGUGAUGGUGAUUCUGCUGUCGUUCCCUCUGUGGGCAGGUCACCUUGGACACCUGGUUUACGCCCUGGAGGGUCCCGAACAGUUCCUGGAGGAACUGCGCUGGGAGCAUGGAUAUGAUGUUCCAUUCAUGGAGCGGAUUAUCUUUGUCUUCCUCCGUUGUUUUGCCGGAGAUCGGACUUUGUUCGGUUAA